AUGGCUGUCAUGCCCGUGGUAAACAGUGGGAAUGUCCUGGGCUGGGGGCGGGGCCCUCCAGCGUCCAGCAUAGCAACAGUGUCUUCAAACACUGCAGCCACCGCCGCCACCGCCAGCAGCAGGGUGUUGGACAUGGGGCCCUUCCUCUGCCCCCGCUGCCGCUUGGCGUUCAGGUCCCGACCGCUGCUGCGGGUGCACAUGGAGAAGCUGUGCCUCGGGCCCACGGCACCCAGCAGCAGCUCCGGCCUCCGUGGGGGGAACCCUCUGCCUGCGGAGGGAGCGCAGGGCACGGCAAGGAAACCACAGGACUUGUCGGCCGGAGUGUCCCAAAAUACGGACAACGCUGAGCCACGCCAUCACUUUGUGCCUCGUGGGGUCGCACCAGCUCCGCGGGGACAGCAGGGACCAGGGCGGGCACGGGGAGCUCCCCUGGGGGAUGUGCUGACCCCCCGCGAGAGGGCCCUGCUCCGCACGGCCAACCCCACCGCUAGGAGGCUGCCAGGGGAGGGAGAGCCCCCCCGGCAGCCGCCCCCACGGCAGGAACAGCGGCAGCCGCCGCAGGAGCUGCUGGAAGCCCACGAACGCCAGGUGGCCGAGAUCCGGGCCAGAACCCGGCAGCUGGAGCGGCAGAGAGAGGGGCUGUGCCGGCAGCUGGCGACCCUGGGAGCCAGGGCUGAGCAGGGGGAGCCCGAGCAGGGGGAGCCCGAGCCGAGCCAAGGCCUGAGGGACCAGGCCGGACACGUCCGAACAGCACAGCACCGGGCCACCCUAGACCUCGACACCCUCCUUCCACCCGCAGGGCCGCUCGCGGCCGAGGCCAGAGCACUGCGAGUGUCCUACUUGCACUCCGGGGGACACGACCCGGCCAUCCUGGACCAGCUCCUCCACCUCCAGCUGGAGGCCACGGUGCUGGAGAAAGGAACAGCGGGGCUGCACAGGGGCAGGCAGAUGGAGCCCCCCAGCACUGGCACUCACAGUCUGGAUGCAGCACUACUGGCCGUGGAGCUGGAGAACCAGCGUCUGGAAGAUGAACUGUUGGCACUGAAGGUCAGAAGGGAGAGGAGAGCAGAUGCUGGCUCACGGGCAGCCCAGCGGCACACGCAGGAACUGGCCCAGCUCCAGGCAGAGGUGGGGAUGCUGCGAUGCCACGCAGAGCAGACAAGGCCAUGGCUGCACCCCUCUGUCUGCCCUUACCCUGUAGCCCAUCCACUGCCACCAGCCCCUGCUGUGCCAGAACUUCUCACGGAGCCCCCCAGGCCAGCACUGGGGCCUGGCAGAGCCACAGCCCGUGUGCCCCCCGGACACCCCCUCACCCCCUUUGUGGCCCUGGAGGACCCUCCUCCUGCUCAGGAGCCCCCAGCACAGGACAGGGCUCCCCAAAGGUGAGCCAGGAACAGGCCAUGACCCCACUGGACUGCCCUGCCACCCCCUCCAGCAGCAAACUGGGGCUCCAGUACCUGUUAGGGUGAUGAAGGCAAAAGCUGUGUUCCAGCUGCAGAGAUGGGUUCAGGGACCAGUUGUGCAGCUGGUACCAGGAUCCCACAGUGCUGGGGUGGGUGGAAGUGUAUGGGAUCACUGCUGGGACCAAAGAGGCUCUGGGCAUUUCAGGAGGAAAAGGACAGGCAAACCCCCAAGCCAGCAGCAAACUGACAGCUCAGCCUCCACCUCAACCACAGAGCCCACAGCCAAAGGAGUGGUUCAACCACUCACGCUCACAGUGGUGGUUUGGGGACAGGCAGAGGGCACAGAGGAAUAAAAUAAAUUCCCUGUCCUCAGGCACAUCCCCACAUGCAGCCCUCUGUAGGGAAAG